AUGUUCUUCCAAGCGUCCGCCCUCGCGGCCAUUGUGCCCCUCGUCGCCGCUCACGGCUUCAUCAACGACCCUCCCGCCCGCCAGCCAGGCGAUGCCUACACGAGUGUCUGCGGCCAGCAGCCCUUCUAUCAGCAGUCCUCGGACAUCAACGGCAACGUCCAGGGUAUCAUGCAGGUUGUCGGCUCCGACACCACCGACGACUGCAAGCUCUGGCUUUGCAAGGGCUUCCGCUUUGAGGACAACCAGGACAAUGUCCAGACCUACUCGGCCGGUCAGACGAUUGCCUUUGACGUCAAUAUUGCCGCCCCCCACACGGGUUACGCCAACGUGUCCGUCGUCAACACGGCGACCGACACCAUCAUUGGCGCCCCUAUGAUCGAGUUUGAUGACUAUGCCUCCAACGCCGGCUUCCCCGAGAACAACACUGCCUUCAGCGUCACCCUGCCCGACGACCUGUCCGACUGCACCGAGCCGGGCGCCUGUGUCAUCCAGUGGUUCUGGGACGCCCCAGAUAUCAACCAGACCUACGAGUCGUGCGUCGACUUUGUCCUCGGCGACGGUGGUGACGAUGGCGGCGAGUCGCCCGAGCCCACUUCUGCCGUCCCGGCGCCCACCUCGGUCGCCUCUGCCACCGCGACUCCUGAGCCCACCACUGUGACCCCUCCUGCCGACGAUGAGGAGGAGGACGAUGAGGAGGACGAUGACUGCGAGGACAUCCCUGACGAGGAGCUUCCCGAGGACGAUGAUGAGGAGGACGACGAGGAGGAUGAGGACGACUGCGAGGACAUCCCUGAUGAGGAUCUCCCUGAAGAUGACGAGGAUGACUGCGAGGAUAUCCCCGACGAGGAUCUCCCCGAGGAUGACGAGGAUGAAUACCCCGUCGAGGAGGGCGACGACAGCGAGGAGGGCGACGACAGCGAGGAGCCUCCCUCCGGCGCCCCUGCCCCCAGCAUCUCGACCGUCAGCACCGAGCUUGCCGCCGUCACCCAGACCCCGCAGCCCACCGCCGUCACAGAGACGCAGACGGUCACUGUGACUGCUGAGCCCAUCACCGUCACAGCCGAGCCCACUGCUUGCUCUUAA